AUGCAGCAGUCCUCAGCAGCAGUCGGUAAUAUUGGCAAUAACAUACCCGAUGUAAUGAUAGCAGCACAACAACUUGGUUAUGUUGAUGCAAAAUAUGUAUUGCAAUUGAAAUCAGAUGUACCCACACCAAAAGAAGUGAAAGCAUCGCAGGUGUUGGUAAGAAAUCAUGCUGUAUCAAUCAAUGCUAUUGAUUGGAAAUUAUUAAAUGGAAAUAUAUCAAUUAUUAAAACAUAUGCGUUUUCAAAUAUACCAGAUAAUAAAAAAUAG